UUACGUAAAAUGUAUUUUCCUUAGUUCUCUGGACUACGUGUCCGCGUCGCAGCUUACCGAAUGAAUAUCUUGUAUUGAUCUCAGACAACUUGUUCUGUCUGCGCAAUUGAUUAGAUAUCGAUUAGCAUUAUUGGCCGGAGCAUAUUGUGCUCGUGUUUUUCUUUCACAGCCUCUGUCCGUGUGCAUCCCCAUGUCUCGCUGUACGUAUACGUCCAUAUGUGUACAUACAUGAGAGCACACGUAUGUGUAUGUACGUGUGCGUAUGUAUUUCUACAUAUCUGUAUAUUACCUGUGUUAUUUAGUAGGUUGUUUAGAGAUCGUUCUAUGCUAGUUGAACGCCGAUGUUGUCUCUCAGUUCAUGAUGUGCAUCAGCUGCACGCACGUUUAUGUGUGAUUCUUCGAGAGAUCGAGCUUACGGAUUCCACGUUUUCCAUUCCACAAAGAAUGCUCGUAUUCGCGUAUCUUUUUUUUUUUACUUUCCUCCGCACUGGACAGGACUCCGUCCUUCGGACAUGACAAGAUUUCUCCCCUUCCUCUCCCGUGUCCUUGCAUGCAAGCAACGCGACGUGUCGCGUUCACCUCUGAAGAAUUGCGCAAGGAGGGCGUGCCUCUCCGAGCUGCAUGCCGCAUCUUUUUUUAUCCACUACAAACAUACGUGCGGUAUGUUUCAAAAUCUCCACCCGCGACCCCCCUCCCCCCUCUCAUUCAGCACGGUUACGCACGAUUGUACGAUUAAACCGAUCGUUCGACCACUGGCUGCCUCGAGAAAGAAGCUGCAUCGAUAAAAAAACGCAACGCAUCUCUCCGUUUAGCAAGACGCUCUUCGCUCGUCCUGAAACGCGUAGAAUUUCCAUCGAAAUUUCGUCUUUUAGCGAGACGAGAUGUAUAGAAAAGAAAAAAAAAAAAAGAAAUGAAUCAAUUGGUUGUAAAAGCAAGGCGAAUUCGAGCGACGAGGUGCUGAAAGAUCGAGUGGCAGUGUACGCACUGGACGAUGAAGCUGCAGUCUGCAAUGAGAAAUUGUCAUGGCAUGCAUCCAGCGCAUUAGUCCGCAGCCGCAGCUGCAGAGCAUGGCCCAGAGUCUAUAUAAAAAAAGAUGCAUGAGCAUGUUCGUUCCUCCGUUUGCUCGUUUGUUCGCUCGCCCGCUCGCUCGAUCGUUCGUUAUGGAACCUCACACGUGUGCAUUCAUAUAUUAUAAAAUAGCGAGUACCCACAGUAGUAGCCAGAAUUUGUAAUGGCACGAAUGGCAAUGAGCUAAGGAGAAAGAAAGUGCUCUUAGAGCUACCAAGAAACGUCUUGUGUGUGUGUGUGCCUCGUAAUUCCAGUAAAGAUGAAUCCGAUACUCGCCUUCGAGUAUCUGUUCUUCGCCGUCUUCGGACAAACGACCCACGGCGAGCUGAAGGUCGAGCACAAUCAGCCGCAGUGGACCUCGGUCCUCUUCAAGUUGACCUUCGGCGUGUACAUGUUGGUCUCGGUAGUGGUGUUGAUUAAUCUGCUGAUCGCCAUGAUGAGCGACACGUAUCAACGGAUACAGGCGCAGUCGGACAUUGAGUGGAAAUAUGGACUCAGUAAACUGAUCCGUAACAUGCACAGAACUACCACAGCUCCGUCCCCGUUAAACUUGCUCACCACCUGGAUGGUGUACUUCAUCAAGCUGUGUAAGCAGCGCGCCGCUAAACGUAAACGACCGUCGUUGGUGCAUAUGAUGGGGCUGCAGCACGGCAGCCGUUUAUCGCCCAGAUCGAAGAUGGGCGCGAAAUGGUUGGCCAAGGUUAAGAAGGGCCAAGUCCGUCCGAAGGACAGCAUGACCCUCUCCGUGGUUCACCUCAGCCCGCUGGGUAGCCAGCUCUCCUUCAAUACAGCGACCAGAAUAGAAAACGUGGUGGACUGGGACUCGAUCAGGAAGAAGUAUCUCGCUCUGACCGGCAACGAACCCGAGAAGGAAGACGCGGAGAAGGAGGGGAAGAGCGACGAGGACGAGAAUGAGGAUGAGAAGGGGCAGACGGCUUCCAACGCCUCGACGAUACCGGCGACGACGAACCCAAAUCCGCCUGUGUAAACAUCGUCAUCCACGGAUACUGAACGGCAGCGCGAGCAAACGAGCGAUCAGAUACAGUCGCGAGUUCCGCUAUUACGUACUUAACAGAGACUUAAAAAAAAAAAAACAAAACGCUGUACAGAAGUUACUCAUCAAACAUUCGCCACGAAUAAUUUUUUACGUAAAAUUAUAAACCGCUACCGCAGACACAAAUCCCGACGAUCGAGCGAGACCAUCCAUAAAGGAUCGAUCCUUGCGCGACGACCGGCCUAGCAUUUUAAGCAUCUAAGUAAGUAAAGUCCCGAUGUGAUUCGUGAAUCUCGUAGGAAUGCAUAAUUGAUGUUGUUUAUGUCAGAUAUGAGUAUGAAAAGUGAUUUUGUCGACACCACCAUAUCCUUCUCCGUCACAUGGCAUGACCAGAUAAUGCCUGCGAAUGUUAAACCCCACCACAUCCGCUCGAUGCUUCAUUGAAUGUUGGAUCAUUCAUUCGCGACAUUAUAAUUUUCGCGUUUCUAGGAUACAGAAUUUCGACUCGUUGCGAUGAAACUCUUUUUCAGAGCCUUUUAUUGUAAACAUCAAUUUAAGUUAAAUGUAAGACUUAUAAUUUAAA